GCUGAAGCUGUAUGCUAUGUUCCUGAUGGUGGUGUUCUUAGCUGAACUAGUGGCAGGUAUAUCCGGCUUUAUUUUCAGACACGAGAUUAAAUCAGUGCUUCAAGGUGUCUAUAAUAAAGCUGAAUCAGUCUACAGUGGUAAGGGCAAUGAAGAUCUGGACAGAAUCCAGAGAACACUGCAAUGCUGUGGAGAAAAGAACUACACCAGCUGGGCAAACAAGGAUUACUUCAAAAAAGAGGGCAUCCCCAACAGCUGCUGCAACAUAACUGCUGGUGUAAACUGCACUUCUGCAGAACUUAAAGAUCUUAACACGGCUGCAGCAGUGGUAUAUCAACGGGGCUGUUUCUCCAUGAUGACUACAACAUUGGAGGCCAAUCUUGGAAUUAUUGCUGGAAUUUCUUUUGGAAUUGCGUUCUUCCAGCUCAUUGGGAUAUUCCUGGCAUGUUGUCUGUCUCGCUAUAUCACCAACAACCAAUAUGAGAUGGUGUAGUGAUCCACAGGGUAUCAACUGGCGAUCACAGAGAGCUGGACCUGACAAAAAGGGAAACCAUUUAGUUUCAGUGUUUUGUAUGUGUGCCUUAGCUAAACAUUUCAUUUUAGAGAAUUUCUGACUGCUUUUUAAAGAAUAGUUCUUGUUGGUAGCUACAUUGAAGGGAAGGAACCGGUUUGCAUUUGUUUUGCCAGAGUUGUAAAUAUAACAGCAAUUGGAUAUACAGACGUUUGUAGAAAGUGCAUGUGUUUUAGCCAGUGUUAAACCAAGAACCAGUUAUGCAGUAAAUAGUGUACUGCGCACCUUGACUUUUGUUUCAUUGGAAUUAACACAUACUAAAACUUUGCAUCUAGUAAAAAAAAAAAGUAGUACAAUUUCUUGCAUGCAUCUAAAGUUCAACAUUUUCUCAACAUUUGCCAAAUAUUUUUGAGUGACUUAAUAAUUUGAGACAUUUAAGACGUUAUCCACUCAACAUGUUACAUAGGGAGUACUGUUUAUGUCACCAGCAGUUCAUUUUCAAGAAAUAGUUUUAAUACAUGUACGUUCAUUGCCAUUUGGAUUACUUCUGUGAUAAUGAUGUGGUUAUUUGCCAUUUCUCUACAGUCUUUAUUAAUGUAGCAGCUAUAGUGUUAAUUGUAAGGUUAUUGAAUGUCAUAGUGGUGAUGUGCUGAAGAGAAAGGUUGUAGUGUCUCUUUAACUUUGUCUUCAAAAUGUGAAAUCUUUUGCCACCCAGGUUGAUCAGGUAACAAUAUUUAACAUGUACAUACAAAGCUACAAAUAUCGCCAUUAUCUAUACAGGGGUUGAGCUGUAUUUAAAGACAUAUUUGCAUUUGGAUGGCAAAUAAGGUGAUGUAUAAUCCAGAUUACUUUUUAAACUAUAAUUCUUUUCUCUCGUCACUCCAGCAUAAUCAUACUGAUUAGUUUUUGUCAUAAAAUAAACCACCCUCUGCGUUUUGUUAGCAUAUGGGUUACUUUUGGGGCAUGUACACGUUGUAUCUUU